GGACUUACACCACUUCACAUGGCCGCGGCCCAUGAACAAGGAGAUGCGAUCCACCUGUUGACUUCUGUUUACGGAGCAGACACUGGUGUACGUGAUGGCAGUGGUCGAUUGCCAGUCGAAUGUUUACCCGGUACAAAGAAUGGUCAACUGUUGAAAAAUGUCUAUCUCCUUGCCGAUCACCGAUCGUUUCCUGGUGAUGCGGGAUCGGAUGAACUCGGACCGACCUCACCGUUCUCCUCGCUUCGUAACCUCAGUGAUGUUGGGCUUGGUGAUCCAGAGCAAGGACAUCCAAAUCGCCCCGGUAAUACACAAUUCCCAUGGAAGAACAUAGAGCCAGGACGAGAACCUUCGCCCUCCCGAAGACCACGAGACACCUCUUUGCCACGAACUGGAAGACUGCCGCCCCGUGGCCCCGAGAACCGUUCACGUGAAACAUCGCAAGAACGACAGACACGUAAACGUAAGCGGACCAUCGAGCAGGUAGCUGGAUUGGGUUUACGGGGGAUACGACCACCAGUGGACCCCUCAACGUAUCAGAUUACCCGGCGAAGACUUACAAGCCGAUCAAGUAACCCCGUGGCUGAGAACGAGCUAGCUAAUAGUAUAUAUGCCAGUGUACGACGUAGACGGGAACUGACCGGACCUAUUUACAAUCCUCUUAAUCCAACUCAACGAUCGAAGAGUCCCGGAUCAUCAGCACGUGUGGUGGGCCGACGUCGUGGGAUGCUUUCUGUCUACGACGGAGUUGGACCCAAACCCCGGUCACCGGAUCAGAACGCGGAUGAAAAUUCCGGGCCGUCCAACCCAGUUUCGCCAAAUCUGUGA